AUUGUAAACAAGACUUUAUUUUCAUUCCUGAAAAGCAGAGAGGUGAAAAUGCCAAGUACUAACUAUAUAAAUGCGACAGGGAACGAACUCAGCUCAACACAAGAUGGUUCCGCUGUAGGAGUUCUUUUAGCGUCUUUAGUGGAAAUGAUUCUUUUCCUGGUAGGCACGUUUGGAAAUUCUCUUACAAUCAUGGUUGUUUGCCGGACUAAGUCACUACAGAUCGCUUCAAACUUUCUUCUAACAUCGCUUGCGUUCGCAGACUUGCUAGUAAGCGCUAUUUUAGUUCCCAUGCGAGCGUCCCAGCACAUGGCUCUAUUUCAUGGCACCACUGUCCCGAAGGCUGUUGUUCAAGUGGCUGGAUUUGUUGGUCGAGUGAACAUUAUAGCGUCAAUAUCAAGUCUCGUUGCUAUGAGUAUUGACAGGUACAUCGCUCUAUCACGUCCUAUGUUUUAUCUGUCGUCUGUUAGAUUUGCCAAAGGCCGUGUGUAUAUGGUGAUUAUGAUGAUCUGGGCUGUCUCUAUUUUUGCGACCAGUUUACCAUCUUUUCCUGGAGUCAGUAGUGAGACUUUUCUAGUCUUCUUCGUGGCCUUUGUACUAAUUGCAACCCUCGCUAUUGCGGUAACCUAUCAACGCAUUUUUAAAAUCGCCCGUAAAUCGAUAAGAAGGCCGAAGACGAGUAAGUUUGCCACUAAAGUCGUGCGUUUAUCAAUUACAAACGCUUUGGAUUCAAGAGUCUUUAGCUACUUUGACAGCACCUGUACCACACAAGCAGACAGACAUGCUGAUAGCCAGAAAAGGGAAAGAAAAACGGCCAAGACAAUUGCAUUUGUGAUUGGAGCGUUUGUGAUUUUGGUGUACCCUCGAAUUAUUUUAAUUCUUUAUCAUUUCGCCACGCCUGAGACGGAGGAAAGUAAACACGCCCGAUUUUGGAUUCGGAUUUUGCUGUACAGCAACUCGGUUGUUAAUCCUGGUUUGUAUGCAUGGAGGCAUAAGGAAUUCAAAAGGGAAUUUAAGAAGAUUUUACUCAGGUUCUGGCAGUGUUUGCUGUGUCAAAAAUGGGAGUACUUGAGAAAAUCUUGGUCUGGUAAAACAAAUUCAACGUCA